AUGAAUCUGGUUGAGUUAGAUGCUCUGUCAAGCACGGAUUCAGUUUCGAAACCAUAUGCUUCAUCUACAGAUACUGGCGAAAUAACCUAUCGACCUGUGUAUCGGGACCACGUUGAUGAUGCGGAAGAUCUGGCCCGUCUAGGAUACAAGCAAUCAUUUCACAGAGGACUUUCGCUGUACGGCGUUUUCAGUGUUUCCUUCUCCGUAUUGGGUUUGCUGCCUUCAGUCGCAGCUUCACUCAAUUUUACAAUGCUGUCAGGUACACCGGGAAUGCUAUGGGGUUCGUUAAUUGCUUUCGUGUUUAUCUUGUGUAUCGCUGCAAGCAUGGCCGAAUUGUGUUCUAGUAUGCCAACAUCCGGAGGAUUGUACUACUCGGCUAAGGUGCUUGCUCCCAAAGGAUGGGGUCCUUUGGCUGCUUGGAUUACUGGUUGGUCCAACUACAUAGCACAGCUUACCUUUUUUGCAAGUUGUGUCUACAGUUUAUCUAGCACUACAAUUUAUGCCGCUUCUGAAUACGACGGAACAGAUUAUCAGAUUAAGCAGCACCAUAUCUUUUUCCUUUCCUUUUUCUUUAUCAUUGUGCUUGCUAUUCUUGCUUCGUUACCGACUAGAAUUAUAGGCAGACUUCACUCAGUUUUUACAUGCGUUAACGCAUUAUGUAUCAUUGCUUCUAUUGUCAUUGUUUUGGUCAGUGCCUCUUUACGCCAUGGAUUUAACAAAUCAAGUACAGUCUGGAGUCAUUUUGAAAACGGUACCCAAUGGCCUCAGGGUUUUGCUAUGCUUCUGUCGUUCUGCGGUGUUAUCUGGUCAAUGACAGGAUUGGAUACUUCUUAUCAUUUGGUUGAAGAAUGUUACAGCGCAAGCGUGAACGCGCCUAAUGGUAUUAUGCUUACCGCUAUAAUUGGUGGACUUGUUGGUUGGAUUUUACGUGCGGUAAUUGCAUACACAGUCGUUGAUUUCUUAGCCGCAGUACACGCACAAAGCAUCUGGGUUGGGUAUCUAUCACAAGUUCUUAACCGAAAAGCAGCAAUGGCUACCAUUGCGCUUACCGUGCUUUCAAAUUUUAUCAUGGCGCAAGGUGUUUUGGUUACUUCUUCACGUAUCGCGUAUUCUUAUGCGCGUGAUGGUGUUUUACCUUUCUCUAAGUGGAUCGCAAGAGUAAAUGGACGAACUACAACACCCGUUAACGCGACUAUCGUAAACUGUUCCGCCGCGAUUAUUAUUUUUUUGUUCUUUUUUGUAGGACAUUGUGCGAUUGAUGCCGUUUUCGCCGUUUCUGCCAUUGCAGCCUUUAUCGCUUUCAUCAUCCCAAUUGGCCUGCGUGCCUUUUUCGUGAAGGAUAGCGAAUUUUGUCGUGGAAAUUGGAAUCUUGGUCGAUAUUCUCGAUACAUCGGUGCUGCAGGCACUAUUUUUGUUCUAAUUAUGACCCCUAUUUUGUGUUUUCCAAAUGACAGACAUCCCACUUUUCUCAAGAUGAAUUGGGCUUCGGUUGGGUAUUGUAUACCAAUGGGGUUGAUUCUUCUGUGGUAUGCCCUGUCAGCGAGACACUGGUUCAAAGGUCCGAAAGCGGAUAUGCCUGGCUUAGAAAUUCCGCGUAUGACCAGUCUAAAAAGCGCCGAUUUGCAACAUCAAUUUUCCAGCAAUUUCAAUAUGAAAGAUUAUUGA